UUUGUUCCGCGGUUGAGAACACCUCGAUGACGUCACACAGGAGGAAGAACAAAACAAGAUGGCGUCUGGCGCAGAAUACGUUGUUUUGGUUAUUAUCGUUUCUAGGUCUUAAUUACAACGUACAUGUGCACAUGUGUGUCGUUUAACAGAGUAAACGUCGUUAUUAAUUGUUUGUAUGUGGAUACAUUAGUCUGAGUAAACUUUGACGUGCUAGCCGAGCCUGCUGGUUAGCUUAGCUUGUUAGCUGCUAACAAACAGAGGCAGAAGUGAUCGACACAUCAAAGCAGAGAUCCAAUACGUCUGUGAAGAACAUCUUCACCCUGAACAACAGAAGUGGAGCUUCAGGAUGCAGACGGAGGAGCCACAGCCCUCCCACAUUAAGAAGGAAGAGGAAUACCCACCGAUUCCCCAUCUUAAAGAGGAAGAGGAGGACCCACUGAAACCCCAAUUUAAAGAGGAAGCGGUGGAUCCACUGAGCCCUCACAUUAAGGAGGAAGAGAUGGAUCAACCUACCCCCCAUUUUAAAGAGGAAGAGGAGGACCCACUGACAGCCGAUUUUGAAGAAGAGGAGGACCCACUGACACCCCUUUUUCAAGAGAAAUUGGUGGAUCCACUGACCCCUCACAAUAAGGAGGAAGAGGUGGAUCCGCUGACCCCUCACAAUAAGGAGGAAGAGGUGGAUCCGCUGACCCCUCACAUUAAGGACGAAGAGGAGGACCCACUGACCCCUCACAUUAAAGAGGAAGAGAAAGAACACAGCAUCAGUCAGCAGGGAGAGCAUCUAGAAGGACUGGAGGAGGUUGAUGUCACCAAGAUGCCAGUGACUGGUGUCCCUGUGAAGAGUGAAGAUGAUGAGGUCAAAGGUGAAAGUGAGGAGAGGGGAGGGGGGGAGCCUCCAAGCAGCAGCUCAACACAACACAUGACAACAGAAGCUGAUGGAGACCACUGUGGAGGAUCACAAGCAGACAAGCUCUUAGCUCCACUAUCAGAUAGUGAGGACACAACGUCACACUCUCCUGACACUGAUGGUGAAGACUCUAAAGAUGAUAAGACAUGUCACACUGACAACACAUGUUCUCUCUGUGACAAAACUUUUAAAUAUCCUAGUGAUUUGAAAAGACACAUGAGAACACACACUGGAGAAAAACCCUUUUCAUGCACAGAAUGUGGUAGAGAUUUUAGACUAAAAGAAAUGAUGAAAGAACACAUGAGCAUACACACUGGAGAAAAACCUUUUUCAUGUGCAAUCUGCGGUAAAGAUUUUACUCAAAGGCCACAUUUGAAAACCCACAUGAGAAUACACACUGGAGAAAAGCCUUUUUCCUGCUCAGAAUGUGGUAAAAGUUUUGGGAUAAAUCGAAGUUUAAAAAUACACAUGAGAACACACACUGGAGAAAAACCUUUUUCAUGUUCAAUCUGUGGUAAAAAUUUUACUGAAAGGCAAAGUUGGAAAACACACAUGACAAUACACACUGGAGAAAAAAGUUUUUCAUGUUUAAUCUGUGGUAAAAAUUUUACUCAUAGGCGAAAUUUGAAAUCACACAUGACAAUACACACAGGAGGAAAACCUUUUUCAUGUUCAAUCUGUGGUAAAAAUUUUACUCAAAGGCAAUAUUUGAAAACACACAUGAGAAUACACACUGGAGAAAAACCUUUUUCCUGCUCAGAAUGUGGUAAAAGUUUUGUAUUUAAUAAAAAUGUUAAAGUACACAUGAGAACACACACGGGAGAAAAGCCUUUUUCAUGUUCAAUUUGCGGUAAAGAUUUUACUCAAAAGCCCCAUUUCAAAGCACACAUGAGAAUACACACUGGAGAAAAACCUUUUUACUGCUCAGAAUGUGGUAAAAGCUUUGUAAUAAAUCGAAGUUUAAAAGUACACAUGAGAACACACACUGGAGAAAAACCGUUUACAUGUUCAGUAUGUGGAAAAAGUUAUAUAGAAAGACAACAAUUAAAAAUACACAUGAUAAAGCACUCUGGUGAAAAACCAUACUCCUGUUCAAGCUGCAACAAAAGCUUUUGUCACAAAAAAUAUUUUACAGUACACAUGAGAACACACACAGGUGAGAAAGUGUUGAGUUGCAGUGUGUGUGGUGAAAGAUUCUCUUCUAAGUACCAGUGUAAGAAACACAAGUGUGCUGGUGAGAACAGCAGCAGCAAAUAAAGAUGCAGGAUUUGAAAUAAACCGUCAAAACUUUUAAAUUUGACUUUCUAACAACAUCAGCACAUAAAACAUGUGUGACAUCAUUGUUGUGUGUGUAACACAAUCUUGUUAAUAUGAUAAGGGACGGCGUGGCGCAACGGGAGAGUGGCCGUGCGCAACCCGAGGGUCACUGGUUCAAAUCCCACCUAGAACCAAAACUCGUCACGUCCAUUGUGUCCUGAGCAAGACACUUCACCCUUGCUCCUGAUGGGUGCUGGUUGGCGCCUUCCAUGGCAGCUCCCUCCAUCAGUGUGGGAAUGUGUGUGUGAAUGGGUAAAUGUGGAAGUAGUGUCAAAGCGUUUUGAGUACCUUGAAGGUAGAAAAGCGCUAUACAAGUACAACCCUGAGAUUCUAACAUUUAUAGAUUAGACACUUCAGAUUAGUGCUUUUAUUUCAGUCAAGUACAUGAGUUAAUAUACACAUUUGUGUACUUUAAAAUGAACAGAACAAUUUGACUGAAAGGGUGAGAAUAAACAGUACAUAAAAUAUGUUACAUAAAAUAAACAUUUUAUGUGUAUAUAGUCAUAAUUCACUCUUGUACUUAUUCAUAAUAGUGUUUGAUAUGUUUUUUUAAAUGAUGACGUUUUACAUAGUUUGUUUUCUAAUUGUAGAUGAUUCCAUAGAUGCACUCCUUCAUAUGAUGUACGUAUUUGUUUUACAUGAGUUUAUACCUUUGCUUUUGAGUACACAUAAAUCCCUCUUAGUUCAUAUUUACUGGUUCACAUCUGAAACAUCUUCUGGACCACUUCUGGAAGUGUGAAGUGAAUUAUAUUUAUAUAGCGCCUUUCUCUAAUGACUCAAAGCACUUUACAUAGUGAACCCAAUAUCUAAGUUACAUUUAAACCAAUGUGGGUGGCACUGGGAGCAUGUGGGUAAAGUGUCUUGCCCAAGGACACAACUGCUCAAGCAUAUUAUUAUUUACUUUAUACAUCAUUUGAACAGUUGUCUUGUAUACAAUUUUAAAAUGUGUAACUUUUGAAUCAUUUGUUGGGUCUCUAUAAUCCAUUCUAUGAAUUAUUUUUAUUACUCUUCUCUCUUGUGUAAUAUGAAUAUUGUUGUGUGAUUGUUUUAUAUGUCUGUCCCCAGACCUUUAUGCAAUAAACUAUGUAUGCUUCAACUAAAGUUGGUUAAAAUAAAUGUAGUUAUUAUU